UAUAAAAGGAAGAAGACCCCUUCAUUAAAAUGAUUCGGCCAUUUUUACACUAAGAAACUCUCUCUCUCUUGUAAACAACACAAUUACUUUUCCCAAAUCUCUUGUAAGUCAGUCCGCUGUUGUGACCUGACCCACACUAUCAAUAUCAAUACAAAUCAGUGGACGUAGGACUUGCUACCUUAGCAUCCGAACCACUUUAAAAACUCUCUUUGCAUUUAUUUCGCUUUUGAUAUUCGUACUCACGUGUGCUUCUUGACCAAUCAACGCUGCGCACGUGACAAUUGGUUGGUGCCAAAAUCUAGCAUCAACACUUAUGCUAUGAGGUUGUGACAUCUUGAAAAUAAUGAGCAGCAAACAAAGAGGGAGCAUGAUUUGUUGGGAGCUGACGAUCAAAGUGACUUGGUUGUUGAAAACCCCAAGUGGACCUCCUUCAAAGCAUAUUCCAUGCUGGUGAUUGGAACCAUUAUUUCUACUGCAUUCGCUAAUCCUCUUAAAGAUACUGUUAUUAACUUUUCAAAUGAAACAACUAUUCCUUCAUUCUUCAUCUCAUUUGUUGCACUGCCUUUGGCCACUAAGUUAAGUGAUGUGAUACCAAUACUCAUUUAUGCCAGCCGUAAAAGUGCAGAAAGCACUUCAUUAACAUUUAACGAGUUAUACAGGACCGUAUCGGUGAAUAAUGUCAUUCAGCUAUCAGUUUUCUUGGCUGUCGUCUACAUCAGAGGAUUAAGAUGGGAGUUCUCAUCGGAAGUUCUGGUUAUUCUGAUUGUUUGCGUUGUGAUGGGUGGUUUUGCAGUUUCCGUACCACCUUCCCCAUCUGGACAUCCUUAGUUGCUUACAUCCUUUAUCCCUUCUCCUUGGCACUGAUUUAUGUUCUUGAUUAUGUCUUUGGUUGG